CAUAUACAAAGCUCCAAGCCUCCCACUUCGUCUUGGUCCUUCAUCUCAAAACCUCUUGCUUCGAACGGACUCUACAUUCCGACAUUCAAGGCAGGAAGCCGCAUCUCAUACAACUCAGACUCAAUAACGAUAAUCAGCAAACAUGAAGGGCAAGGUCGCUUUGGAAGAGGCUUUCGCGUUGCCACGCAAUGCCGAAAAGACACAAUGGUGGGCAAGCCUGUUCGCCGUUGACCCAGCCAAGCACACCAAGGAGAUCAACGACAUCAACAAGCUCCGCAUCGAGAACAUGGACAAGUACGGCGUCGGUUACAAGAUUCUUUCAUACACAGCACCAGGUGUUCAAGACGUCUGGGACCGAAAAGAGGCCGAUGCACUUGCGAGAGAAGUGAACGACCACCUUGCGAAAGAAAUCAAAGGCUUUGAAAACCGAUUAGGUGGAUUCGCCACUUUGUCUAUGCAUGAUCCACAGACUGCGGCAGAUGAACUACGAAGAUGUGUGAAGGAAUAUGGUUUUCUCGGAGCUCUUGUGAACGACACACAGCGAAACGACGAGUCUGGAACUGGCAUGAUCUUCUACGACAACACAGAGUGGGAUGUGUUCUGGUCUGUUGUGCAGGAGCUCGAUGUGCCGUUCUACCUUCACCCAAGAAACCCAACCGGAGUCUUUCACGACAAGCUCUGGGCACCACGAAAGUGGCUCGUCGGACCACCUCUCUCAUUCGCACAAGGUGUCAGUCUGCACCUGCUUGGUAUGGUCACCAACGGCACUUUCGACAGAUUCCCCAAGCUCAAGGUCAUCAUCGGACACUUGGGAGAGCACAUUCCAUUCGACCUUUGGCGUAUCAAUCACUGGUUUGAGGAUGUUAAGAAGCCUCUUGGCCUAGAUUGCAAGAAGACAAUUCGUGAAUACUUUGCACAAAACAUCUGGAUCACCACUAGCGGGCACUUCUCAACACCUACGCUCGAGUACUGCAUCAAGGAGAUUGGAGCUGAGAGGAUCCUAUUCUCCAUUGACUACCCAUUCGAAUCAUUCCCGGAUGCAUGCAACUGGUAUGAUAACGAUGUGAAAUUGGACGGCGAACACACCGUGAAGGCUAUUGGACGUGAUAAUGCCAAGAAGCUGUUCAAGCUUGGGAGGUUUAAGGACGAUGAAGCAUAGAUAUAGACUUGUAUGACAAAGCACUU